UUGUUGUCUUUGUUACUUUUGUUGUUUCUUCCUUCAUCUACUCCGAAUUAGACGAUUCUAAAGAUAUUAGCAUAUACCCACAAACAGAAUUUUGAGUCCACACCCCCACCCAUCCACUUGUUUUUUUGUUUUUCUUACUAGCCGAGAUUCACUUUUUUUUGUUGUAGGUGUUUUGGUGACUGCCCUUUUAAGACAAGUUGUCAAUAUAUAUCCGCCAAACAUUAGUCUGCUUUUCAACAACAGGAUCCCAUAGAUAAUGACUUCGUAUGGGCAACAUCCAGAUGAAAACUCCCAUUUACUAGCAUCUAGGCGGCCUUCCUUAGCAUUCUUGGAUACCCCCAUUGGGUCGUUCAAGGGCCCAAACUCAUUGCAUAAUUUUGCUAGUUCUUUUACCAGAGCUCAAUCAUUUGCAGCUACAAAGAUAGACAAUGACAUUCAUAAGAAAAGAUCGUUUUUCACAGGAGGAGAGGAUGACGGAGAAGCAAUCGAUGAUGAAACUUUUGAUCCUGAGCUUAUGAUUCCUUCCAUUCGUGGUGAAAGAUUGAGCACAGUCAUCCAUGACCUCCAAAACAAAAACCAAUUAUUUAUGAAUGAUGAAGUAGACAAUGAAGUGUUUUAUCAUGAUGAUAUCAUGAGUGCGUUAUAUGAGACCAGAUCAAGACAAUCGGCAGAUCAUGCAACGGUACCACCUAGUGCUAUACCUACCCUUCGUAAGAGACCAUAUGGAGCUUCCUUUUCCAGUAUACGGUCAGCUAUUUCGACAGCUACUUCAGCCUCGCAUGUUACCUUAAAGAAAAUCGAAGACAGUGAAGGAAAUGUUGUUACCGUAUUAGCUGGUCAAUCUACUGCUCCACAAACUAUAUUCAAUUCUGUCAAUGUUUUAAUAGGAGUUGGACUUUUAGCCUUACCAGUUGGAAUAAUGAAAGCAGGAUGGAUCCUAGGGAUCCCUAUUUUAGUUCUUUGUGGAUUGACUACAUACUGGACAGCAUGUUUAUUGUCCAAGGCAAUGGAUACGGACUAUACUAUUAUGACAUAUGCUGAUUUAGGAUAUGCAGCUUAUGGAUCUACUGCCAAGUUGAUUAUUUCCUUAUUGUUUUCAGUGGACUUAUUAGGAGCCGGAGUUUCUUUAAUUGUGUUGUUUAGUGAUUCAUUAUAUGCAUUAUUAGGAGAUGACCAAAUCUGGACCAGAACAACGUUCAAACUAAUUAGUUUUCUUGUGUUGACUCCAUUUACAUUUGUUCCCUUACCUAUAUUAUCUAUAAUCUCGUUAUUUGGUAUAUUAUCUACCAUUUCGAUUACAAUUUUGGUUAUGAUUUGUGGAUUUUUAAAACCUACAUCGCCAGGAUCUCUUUUACAAAUUAUGCCAACUAAUUUAUGGCCCCAAUCCAUACCAGACUUUUUAUUAGCCAUUGGUAUUUUGAUGGCUCCAUUUGGUGGCCAUGCUAUUUUCCCCAAUCUUAAAAGCGAUAUGAGACAUCCUUAUAAAUUUAACAAGACAUUGAGAUAUACUUAUUUUAUUACAUUAAUUACCGAUUGUUCUAUGGGAGUAUUAGGAUUCUUAAUGUUUGGUAAUAAAUGUAGUAAUGAAAUUACCAACACAUUACUAUUAACUCCAGGAUAUCCAGUUUGGUGUUAUCCUUUAAUCAGUGGAUUAAUAUGUAUAAUUCCCUUGGCUAAAACUCCAUUGAAUGCUAAACCAAUCAUAUCAACCUUGGAUGUUUUGCUCGGUGUUAACAAUAUAACCACUAGUUCAUUUAGAAAAGGGUUGAAUUCAAUUGGGAAAUUUUUCAUCAGAGUCGGUGUUAAUGCAGUGUUUGUUAUAUUGGCGAUUUUGUUUCCCGAAUUUGAUAAAAUCAUCGGCAUGCUCGGGGCAUCCAUUUGUUUCAUAAUUUGCAUAAUCUUACCAUGCACUUUCUACCUUAAGUUAUGUGGGGGAAACAUCAAAGGAUUUGAAAAGUUUAUAGUCUGGGCAGCAAUCAUUAUAUCUACUAUAUUGGCCUUUGCAGCAACUUAUGCUGUCAUUUUGUUUUAAGUGGGGGUGGUGAAGAUGAUGAUGAUAACCCGCUAGGCUUUUUUUUUUUCAUAACGCAACAAUAAACGACAAAUUACGAUAACCAUAAUCUUGCAGAACUCGGUGUUAAACAAUUAAACUUUAACUAUAUCAAACAUUAUUUUUUUUUUUAGAUUGCACCACUUAAUUUUGUUUCUAAUCACUAAUAUAUGAAGUCAGCAUACCUUUAGCACGUUCUUUGUAGAUUCAUAACCGUUGUGGAUUACUUUUAUUUUUUGUGGGGGGAAGCGUUCCCACCUUCCCAAUCAGGAAAACCGCGCUAUCUCGUAUCUUUGUCUUGACUAAUCAGUCAUUUGUUGAUGACUAAUCACUAUAUAGAGGGUCCUAUAGGUCGUUAUC